ACAUGAACUGAUGGGCUAAUGUGUGUUACGGAGUAGAUGGAUGAUGGUAAUGAGUAAAUGAAGUGAGAAGGAAACAGUACGAGAAAGGCAUAUAAAUUAUCGAAAAUAACGUGAAGUAGUUAAAUUGAUAAUAAAUUCGCUGUUGACAAUAUGUUGGAAGGAGUCAAGCACGUUUUUUUGGUUCUCUCUGGUAAAGGUGGUGUAGGAAAAUCAACUGUCAGCACACAAUUAGCCCUAGCACUUAAAGUUUCUGGUUUCAAAGUUGGUAUUUUAGAUGUUGAUCUUUGUGGACCUAGUGUACCGCAUUUAUUGAAUCUUGAGGGCAGAGAUGUGUAUCAGUCUAGUGAAGGAUGGCUUCCUGUGUAUACUGAUGACGAUAAAACACUAGGAGUAAUGUCAAUUGGAUUUCUCCUUAAAAAUCGUGAUGAUGGUAUCAUAUGGAGAGGUCCAAAAAAGACAGGAAUGAUAAAAGAAUUCCUUACUGAUGUUCACUGGAAUGAUAUUGAUUACUUAAUUAUUGAUACACCACCUGGUACUUCUGAUGAACAUAUUUCAGUUAUGGAAAACUUGAGAGGACUUAAAUGCGAUGGUGCCAUUAUAGUAACAACACCACAAGCAGUUUCAGUUGAUGAUGUCCUCAGAGAAGUUACUUUUUGUAAAAAGACUGGAAUCCCAAUUAUUGGAAUCGUUGAAAAUAUGAGUGGAUUCGUUUGCCCUACUUGUUCUGAGUGUACCAAUAUUUUCUCAUCGGGUGGAGGUGUUGCAUUAUCAGAAAUGGUAAAAGUACCAUUUUUAGCUAAAAUACCAAUUGACCCAGCAAUUGGAAAAUUAGCAGAUAAAGGUCAAAGUAUAUUGGUGACUUUACCUGAAAGUCAGGUAGCUCAGGUAUUCCGAAAAUUAGUGGAGGAACUUACAAAAAGUCAGGAAGCUUAAAACAUCUUAGAGCAAAAAUACCUCAAUAUAAUAACAUUAUUAUGUAAAAAAGUUAAGUGUAUAUUAAAGAAACUAAUAGUGUGA